AAAUUUUAAAAAUGAAUUUUGAAAAGCGUUUAAACAUUAGUAUUUAUUUUUCAAACCAAAAAUGACACUACACAUAUUAGGCCAAGAAAUUUAUUUUCACUUUUUGCUGUGAACUUGGAUCCAUUUUUUUCUCUAAAUUCCGAUAUUAAAUCCAAACAAAAACAAUCAUAAGUACACUAAUAAGAUUAGGAAAGUAAACCGCCGCAAACGAUGACUCGCUUCGACUGGCUUUUGCUCGCUGCUGAAACUGCCCAGCAAGAACUCGAGGAUGAGAAGAAGGGAAUUGCUCUCCAAAGUCUUCCACAUGCAUCAAAGGAGAAUGAGAAGAAGAGAAAGGCUUCUGCAAGUGCUCCAAUUCCACUGAACAAAGACAACACCAACAAGAGGAGGAAAGUGACUAAUAACAGUGCUUCUUGUUCGGCGGCGGUGGUCGAGCUGCCGCCAGAUUUCAGGCACAAAGUGAGGGAGAUGAAAGGGAAGGCGGAGGAGGCGGUUCUCGUCAUCCAAAAGAAGCUCUUCGAGUCUGACACCGCACCAUACAAGGGCAGAUUCUCUAUUCCAUCAAAACAGGUGGCCAACGAUUUCUUGACACCUCAAGAGAAGCAAACUCUCCACUCUGGAACAAAGAUUGAAAAUGUUCCGUUGAUUGAACCUGACGGCACCUCUGUCUACCCUAUCACCCUGAAGAAGUGGGAUAUGUCUGCCAACUGCAUUUACAAUUUGAUCACCAAUUGGAACUUAGUCCGGGAGAGGAAUCGAUUGGUCACAGGCGACCUCGUCCAGCUUUGGGCCUUUAGGGCUCAACCCUCCCAAGAGCUCUGCCUUGCCAUGGUUCAUCUUCCAACACAAUCACUGAUUUGAUGAUUGGAGUCAGUCAAUAUUUAGAAAUUUUUUAGAUUCCACUACUACGUACUGAAAGCUAGCUAGCAGUAUAAAUUGAGUUCAAGUAG